UUAUUCUUGAUUAUUCUUGAUUAUCCUCGAUUGAUAUUUUUUUAAUAAUUAGAUAUUCUUGUUUUAUAAAUUUUAUAUGUUGUAAAUUAUUCAUGUCACAUUGUAAUCAGAUUGUAAGUGUAACUUACUGAUUUAAGUAAAUAUCUUGUACCUGCUCUUAAACAUGAUCUCUCUCUCUCUUCCAGAUCAAUAUUAUGAGAUUAGGGUCAGUUUGAGACUGCCAGGGGGUCUCCAGUCUCCAGGGGUACCUGGAGAGUAUUAAAUUCUUCCUGAUUCCAGGGAUGCCUCCGAUAAAGUAUUUUCAGUUGAGGAGUUUGGAGGAUCUUAGUCUUUCCUCCUAUAUUCAACUUCUCAAGGAUGAAACUGGAGUUAUAUUCCACCUGCGGGCCUACGAGACCAAGUCCAUGUUGAUGAAGGAUGUGAGCCCUGACAACCUGUUCAAGAGGUUGGAGGAGUUGUUUGUGUGCGGAGUUCCAGGCAUUCUUCAGGAUAUUGUGAGGCAGAAAAUUGUGGAACAUCUGAUUUACAAUUUUGGUAGUCUACUCAAUGAGUGCUUAGAGAUCACAAGAACCUGUUUAUCUUUCCAGCUUCUAGCUGACCGACUUCAGACAGAACGGCCGGUGUUCCGUGGUAGUCCUGGUAUAGGAGGAGGAGCAGGAGGGCAGGAGGAGCAGGGUGCUAAUCAACCUCAAGGAUUAUCAAGUUCUACAAGGACCCCUCCUAAACUCUGUUCUUCUAAUCUUCGGUAUCUACCGCUCUUUCAACAACUUCUUAUUAUACUCAACAGUGAUGUCAAGGUUCUGGAUUUCUCUAAGAGUAGGGAUUUAUCGGAUACGGAGGAUACAUCAGAACUAUGUAGAAUGCUCUGGAAGAUAAUAGGAGAAAGAUGUGAAAAGCUGGAGAAACUCAUUCUGACUCGAGACCUGACAUACAGUUCGACACUAAACAACGUAAUAGUAAAAGGAUCCCGACUAACCCAUCUGACCCUGAAGAGAAAUGUACCGAACAAUAUUUUCUUAAACCUGGUCGGUCAGAGCUGUCCUUUACUGCAGGAGCUGGAUAUUGCUAGUGCCGAGGUAGUGAACGAUUUUGGGAUGGUUUGCCUGCUCUACACAGACCCAGAGCAACUUUUUCUCAAAUGCUGGAACAAGGAUAAAACUGUCGGGAAGGUUCGGCGGAGUAUGCGUGUGUUUCCUCAGCCCUAUUUUGACCGCCCAAUAUAUGACCAGAUGGAAAACUGUCCACGUGGACUCCGCCAUAGCUGUUCAUCCACAUUCCUUUACCUUAAGAGACUUUUCCACGAGGUGUUGAGAACAGGAGACUGGGAGAGAUUGCCCGUAGCUAAUAGUUUACGGAAACUGCGGCUAGAGAAUACAAAGGUUAAAGGAGACGGUGUAUCAGUAAUCCUGUCUUCCUGUCCUAACAUAUCUUCUCUAGGCUAUCUUGUUUUUGCAGCAGCAGGUCUGAAGCAGGUAUUUGGUUAUGAGGAAACUGCUGAAACCAAGCUGACCGAAAUCUUCUACCGUGGUCCAUCUGACCUCAAGCUCCACACUAUAUCAAACUGCUGUCCCGGACUCAAUACCCUCUUCCUCGGGAGCAACAAUCCUCGAUCUAUUAAUACAAGGAUAUUCUCAACCUGGAGAAGUUUGAACUAUCUCACUCUGGNGAUUUGA